AUGGCUGAUCCAAAAGCUAUUACCUUAAAACUCUCAAUACUACUAAUUGUAAUGUUUAAUGCUAGAUACACUAUAAGUGCUAUUUUUCCAAAGGUAGUUGUUACAAUUAAGAAUGAUAUAGCACCAAAUCCAACCCCUUUAGAUCUCAAUGUUCAUUGCAAAUCAAAAGAUGAUGAUCUUGGAUUUCACACAAUCAAGUUUAGAGAAAUUUACAUGUUUUCAUUUAGGCCUAAUGUGAUUCCAGAUCUUAAUACUUUAUAUUGGUGCAGCUUUACAUGGAAAGGAAGUCCAUAUCGUCAUUAUCUUGAUAUUUAUGAUGAAAGGUGGGAUGAUUGCAUACAUUGCAAUUGGAAAAUUAACAAUACAAAUGGUGGUUGUAAGGUUUUGAAGGAAGGACCAAAUUUUGAUAAAUGUAUUCAUUGGAAAAGCGUUGAAUUAAUGGAUGCAAAUAACACAUCCAAGAUAUAA